UUAUUUAAUCAAUUGACUAAAUUAAAGGAUUUUCGAAAAGCGUUUUCAUAAAUUCUUUGCGAAUUUUUAAAAAAUAAUUUUUAAGGCAAGGAAAAGUGUGGUUAUGAACAUACGUAAAUAUUUCCAUAUCUAGCAUAUGCAGCAUAAUUUAAAUUAUUACAAGUUAAUAAAAAAUUUAAAUAUGAAAAGUAAAUUACCUUUAGUAGUUAUUCUUGGAGCCACAGGGACCGGGAAAACGAAACUUUCUUUACAAUUAGCUCAACACUACAAGGGUGAAAUUAUCAGUGCUGACUCCAUGCAGUUAUACAAGGGAUUAGAUGUAAUUACAGCCAAAGCAACCAAACAAGAAAGAGCACAUGCCCCACAUCAUCUAAUCGAUGUUAUUAAUCCAACCCAAAUGUUUACUGUUACUGACUUUAAGAAUCAGGCUUUGAAAAUUAUAGAAAACUUGUUCUCAAAAAACGUAUUACCAGUUAUUGUUGGUGGUACUAAUUAUUACAUUGAGGCAUUACUUUGGAAUAUUUUGAUAGAGAACUCUAGAGAAAGUGAAGUGCAUUAUAUACCAGGAGAAGGUUUGAGUGACAAACUGCCAAAAUCCAGCCAGGAGUUGCAUAAAGAACUGGAAGACAUAGACCCCGAAAUGGCUAAAAGAGUACACCCAAACAAUAAAAGAAAAAUUGUAAGAUCUUUGGAGAUUGCUAAAAAUAUGGGUGUUUUACAUAGUGAAAUAAUUAAACAACAACAAGCACUUACAGGGGGCUCCAGUCAAGGUGGACCUCUGAGAUUUUUUAAUUCUUUGAUCUUAUGGUUGCAAUGUGAUCAGACAACAUUGGAUGAACGUUUAAAUAAUAGGGUAGAUUCAAUGGUUAAGGAAGGAUUAUUAAAUGAACUCUUAAAUUUCCAUAAACAAUAUAAUGAUGGACGUACUUCCCCUGAUGAGAAGCCUGAUUACACAAAGGGCAUCUUUCAAUCAAUUGGAUUUAAAGAAUUUCACGAAUAUUUAAUGUUAAAUGAAACUGAAAGGCAGAGUGAAUUGGGUCAAAAAUUACUACAGGAAGGAAUUGUAGAAAUGAAAAUGGUCACUCGCAGGUUUUCUCGAAAACAGAGCAAAUGGAUUAAAAACAGAUUUUUGGGAAGAGAAGACAGAGAGGUCCCUCCAGUGUAUGGUUUAGAUACCACUGACCCUAGUUUGUGGGAUGAAAAAGUCUAUAAACCGGCAAGAAAUAUAAUAGACAGUUUCAUGGAAGGGGUGUCAUCCACUGAAAAACCUCUGCCUCGCUUACAAAUUGCGUCUUUGCCUAAUUCUAAGGACGAUACUUAUAAAUGUGAUGUUUGCGAUCGGAUUUUUGUAGGACAAUUUCAGUGGUCAAUUCAUCUUAAUUCACAUAAACAUAAAAGGGUUUUAGCACAUAAACGAAAAAGAAACAAAACAGAAUGAUUUUUACAUAAAAAAUAAUUGUAAUUUGCAGUUAUGAAUACCAAAUAAAGAUAAGAAAUCAGUUAACAUUU